AUGGAGCGGAGCGCCAGGAGCUGCUCUGCGGAGGCUUGUGAGAACAAGAGCCUCAGCCCCAUGGGGUUGCGAGGCAGGUUCGCCCUCCCCGAGCCUGGUGCAGUGGACAAGGCUGCCUACGUCAGCAGGGGAGAGAGGGGGCUCCUCUCCGAGCCUUGUCUCUUCCCCGGGCUGCCGGGCCCGCACGCGGGUAGUGAAAGGCAGCGAAGCAUGAAAACAAAACGGGCGGCACUGCAGCCCACGGACUGGCGCAACAUGCACAAAUGGGUUAGUGGCUGUUUUGCCUUGCGUAGACAAGUGUGUGUGGCAGAGCCCUUCAAAAAGUAUGCGACUAGUUCUCUAAUAGUUGGCAGUGACUCUGUUAAGGCUUUUGGGCUUAAAGUGUGGAAGCUGUACCUUCUCACAGGGGACAAUGUGUACUUCCUAACUGGUUCUGGAGCAGGUAUUUCAGGGGAUAUAGUAGAAAGUGGGAAGUGCCUGUGGGUUGUCCAGUGUCAUGGGACUCAAAGUGGAACUCAUUCCAGUGUGUGCUUGUUUCUAAAACUAGUAUCUCUUACAGGAAUGCUGAGGAAGCUGGAAAUCAAGAAAGAAGAAGACCUGCAGUCAGUGUGUGAGGUGGCAGCCCAUGUUUUCAGUGAUGGAAUAACAAACUGGGGUAGAGUUGUAACACUCAUCUCAUUUGGUGCCUUUGUUGCAAAACAUCUAAAAAGCAUAAACCAGGAGAAGUGCAUCAGUUCAUUAGCUGGGAUCAUCACAGAUGCUCUUGUCUCAUCUAAACGAGAGUGGCUAAUGAGCCAAGGAGGCUGGGAGGGCUUUGUUGACUUCUUUCGAGUAGAGGACCUAGAAGGAAGUAUCAGAAAUGUACUGAUGGCUUUUGCAGGAGUUGCUGGACUGGGAGCAAGCUUGGCCUACAUGAUACGGUGAGCCAUGGCAUGCUGUAGAAUGACAAAACUCUAAGCAAACUGGCUCUGUUUGGAGCUAUAAGCUGAUUGCUUCCUCCUGUGAGUACUUAUGAAGCUGUACUUGAGUGACUGAAGGAGAACAUCUAGGCAUCCCCUGAGCAAUUCUUUCCUAAGAAAGAAGGUGUGAUCCAGUCAGAUUGUGGGUUCCAACGAGGAUUUAUUGCUUUGGGAACAGAAAAUGAAGAAUCAAUGUUCUGCUUCCUUCAAGAGCAUCACGAAAGAAAGCUAAAGUGGACUGCUUCAAAGUUUUAACCCUGAGGGAACAGAUCUGCUUAGCAAGCCAGUGAGCACCAGCAGCUUUUGUCCUGGACUGAAGCCUCCUAGGUUUGGCAUGGUGGCUGCGUGUGGAGUGGAUGUUUCAGAGUUGUGAUUGUGGGUUUCUCGAAAUAGUGUCUUCUGCUGCCAUUGCCCUGCAACUUGUGGCUUUUUCUCUUGGAAUAGAAGCAUUAAAUGCCAGGUGUUCUGCAGACCUGUGGCUAUUCCCAGGUGUGCUAGUGAGCAGAUGUUAAACCGCUGCUGACUCUGCAUACAUUCCAUCCUCAUUCAGGGGGAGAGCUGUGCUGAAGGUUGAGAUGUGUGACCCACAGCCAGGAUGGUGGGAGCUGGUGCCUAUGGAAAGGCUUGGCCUUACUGUCUGCUGGCUCAGCCCGUGUAAAUUUUCUCCUCUCUUCUAGUAGGGCUUUUUUUAACCAGGUCACUGAACAGACCCGGGUUAGAGCAGUCAGACAAACAAUUGCAAUGGCCACCAACACUCGGGUGCAAACCUCUGGGGAGGGACGAAGGGGGAAGCAGUGAGGGGUGGGUUGGGGACAGUAACCACAACCAGCUGCAGUUGAUCCAGGUUAGUUUGUCUGACUGAUCUCUGCUACACUGAUGUGACUUGUGAACACAUGCAGUUUAAAAAUAGGGAAUACAUUUGUAAGUAUGUAAAACUUUACAUGGGGUGGGGAAGCUGUAAAGAGAACCUUGUAAAUGUCUAUAAAUCUGUAGAAUAUGUACAUUUUUACAGAGAUGAAGAUGCAAAAAGGGGCUUUUGAAUGUGACAAAUCACUUGCAGAUGUACCAUACUUCAUUCCUCGUGUGAAGUAGUAGCAUUUUUGUGACAAAGCCUUCUCCUACCUUGACUUCAAGCAAGCCUUUCUCUAAUGUACUCUAGUAAAACUGCCAAGGAAGUGUAGCAAGGAUCAGUGGCCUGGUGGAAUUUUAUUGUGCCCGUGGCUUGCUGGCAACAGUUCUUGUUUCUGUUUGUUUUAAUCUUUUUGGUUACUCUAGCUCUUCUAGCGGGUGGGGUUUAUGGAAGUUGGUAUCAGUGAACUUCCUUUUCUUCACUUUAUUUUGAUCCUUUAAGACAUGAAUCAAAUGAAGCUAAUAUUUGAAUGUAAACAUUCUGGAGCAGAAUAAAACUCCUUGGAUUGAAUCUGCAGUUAGUAUGAGUCCAUCAAUGCCAUACUCUGAGUUCAAUCCUCCAGUCCCUAGCUGGAAGUGUUACUUCUAGGUGGGCUUGCAGCGUUCUGCUACUUUGUGCACUCAAACUGAGUGAAUCAGUUUUUUGUGUGGAAGCUUUCUCCUGUGAAAUCAGGUCCCAGCAUGACCAGAAACGUACAUCUUCAUUGUACUUGAUCUCCAGACUGAAUGAUGCCUAAUGUAAACCCAAGUGGAGAGCUUAAAAGAUGGUGCUAUUGUCAAGCCUGCUUGUUUUCCAAACAAGCACUUAGUUUUGUCAAUAAAUGUCUUUGUUCUCAAUCCUCCA